ACAUUCAACUUUUAAAAGUUGUCUAGUGGGUGUACUCGUUAUCUGAGAAAUUUGUUUUGCUAACUGAAAUCAAUAUAUUCCAGAUUUCAGAGUUGUUACAUUUAUUAACAAUGGAGUCCGUUUUUCGGAGUGCUGAUAUGACACUCUGUCAACUUUAUAUGCCGAGUGAAUCAGCUUAUGAAAUAACAUCGCAAUUGGGUGAAUUAGGUAUCGUAGAAUUCGUCGACUUAAAUAGCGAUACAACUAGCUUUAACAAAUAUUUCGUUAACGAAAUAAAACGUUGUAAUGAGCUAGAACGUCAAUUGGCAUUUUUUGAGAAGGAAAUUAGAAAAGAAAACAUAUCUUACAUCGAAUCAACUGACUAUCCUGCACCUUUGCCAAGAGAGCUAAUAGACUUCGAGGCAACAUUCUCCAAGAUUGAAACAGAAUUGAACGAAAUCAAUACAAACUUGACAGCCUUGAAUAGAGAUUGUGCAAAGCUAUUUGAACUUAAAACUGUUCUUGUAAACGCCGACAAAAUGUUUGAUAAUUCAGACUACCGAGGCUUUGAUAGAACGCCUAUUCUACCCGAAAUGGAAUUAUCUGAUUUUAGUCAUCACGUUCAGAGUCAAUUAGUCAUAAUUACCGGAACUCUAACAAGGGAGAAAAUUUCUACAUUCUCCCGCCUUUUGUGGUAUAUGAGUAGGGGUAAUAUGUUUAUUAGAUAUACAGAUUUAGUUUAUGAAAAUGAACAAUACGAUGAACCGAAAUCGUUAUUUACACUAUUCUUACAAGGUCCUCGAUUAGAGAAGCUAGCAAAGAAAGUCUGCGAGGGCUUUAAAGCUGAUUUAUACCCAUGUCCUGAAACUUUAGAGGAAAGGCUUGAAAUGAUGAGCUCCGUUGAAUCGCGUUUGUCCGAAAUGGACAUAGUUAUCACAAAAUCAAAGGAACAACGUCAUAGAGUAUUAAUUGCGAUAGGAGAAAAUCUUUGUUCUUGGAAAAUUAAAUUAAGAAAGGUAAAAUCAAUAUUCUUCCACAUGAACAUGUUCAAAAUAGAGAGAAAUUACAUCGCCCAUUGCUGGGUGCCAUCUGCUCUAAUAGCCACAGUACAGGGUGUUCUGGAAAAAGCUGGUCAAAACGUUGGCUCGUCAACUCCUUCAAUACUUCACAAAUUACCUACUGUCAAUCCGCCAACUCACGUUCAGACAAACAAAUUUACUGCUGCCUAUCAGAAAGUGAUAGAUGCCUAUGGAGUUGGCACUUAUAAAGAGAUUAACCCAAUGCCUUAUACGUUAAUCACUUUCCCAUUCUUGUUCGCUGUUAUGUUUGGGGAUGCUGGUCAUGGUUUGAUAAUGUUCCUUUUUGCCUUUAUUGUUGUUUUCUUCGAAAAGCGUCUUAUGGAAGUUGGUAAAAAUCAAGAAAUUUGGCAAAUAUUCUUUUCUGGAAGAUAUAUGAUUUUAAUGAUGGGAUUAUUUUCAAUCUAUACUGGCUUUUUAUAUAACGACUACUUUUCAAAAAGUAUUAAUAUUUUUGGGUCAUCUUGGAGGGUUAUUUAUGAUAAUAAAACAAUAUUCGACAAGAAUGGUCCCAGUAUAAGGAUGUUAGAUCCGAAUUCUACUUCAUUUUUAGGCGAAGCUUAUCCCGUUGGUAUAGAUCCAGUUUGGCAAAUGUCAAAAAAUAAGAUAAGUUUCUCUAAUUCUCUUAAAAAGAAAAUGUCUGUGGUUCUGGGUGUUAUUCACAUGUUAUUUGGGGUAGUUUUAAGUUUCUUUAAUUAUAAACACAAAAAGAGAUAUUUGGAUAUAUUUUGUGUAUUUAUACCGGAAAUAAUAUUUAUGGUUUCAAUGUUUGGCUAUCUUGUUAUGAUAAUAUUUGUAAAAUGGGUAAAAUUUGGACCAACAGAUCCGAAUUGUGCUCCGAGCUUGUUGAUUGGUUUAAUUAAUAUGUUUAUGAUGAAAUAUCCUAAAGUUGGUGAUCACACUGUUGAUUGUAGUUUAUGGUCUUGGUAUAAAGGCCAACAAGCUCUUCAGACACUUUUAGUUGUUUUGAUUGUUAUUUGUAUACCUUGGAUGUUAUUGACCAAACCUUUUAUUUUAUACUAUAGGAACAGAGCUAAUACUAAUGUUAAUAAUAAUCAAAUUGUCAGAAAACCAUCAAAACGAGAAGAUAAAAAUAGAUUAAUCGACGAUGUAGAAAAUCCAGCUGAAGUUGACGUUCAAAUUUUAGACUCACAUUCACUAUCUUCGGAUGUGCCCUUGGAAGAAUUUGAACAGCAAGACAUACCUAAAGAGGAAUUCGAAAUGGGAGACGUCCUUAUUCGGCAAGCUAUACACACUAUUGAAUAUUGUCUGGGAUGCGUCUCAAAUACCGCCAGCUAUCUUCGUCUUUGGGCUUUAUCAUUAGCUCAUGCCCAAUUAUCAGAAGUCUUAUGGAGUAUGGUGCUAAAAAUAGGCUUUUCUUGGUCUAGUUAUGCGGCUGUUUUUAUACUAGUCCCCAUAUUUGCUGCUUGGGCCAUGCUCACCCUAGGUAUUCUAAUCCUAAUGGAAGGGUUAUCUGCUUUCUUGCACGCAUUGAGAUUGCACUGGAUAGAAUUUCAGACUAAAUUUUACAAAGGCGAAGGAUGGAAAUUUGAACCCUUUUCUUUCAAACAAACCAAUAGAGAAGGCUAUUAGAAAGAAUAUUCUAAUAAAAAACAAUUACACAAUCAUCUAUCAAUACAAUGUAAUUAUUUUUUUUCUGGUAAUAAGUUAUCACAUCAACUACUCUUAUUGUCUGCUCUUUGUUUAUAAUUAUGACGUGUCAGAGUAGUAUAUUUUAUGUAAAAACUACAAAAUAAUCUGCAUGGAGUGGAUAGGCUGAAAAUUUCAAAAAAAUAAACAAAAUAUAUACAAGUCUGUAUGCAGUAUAGUAACUAUUAAUAUUAAAUUAAUAAUUGCUAAGACAAACUUUUCCAGCUAAUAGUUCAGAUAUCACAGUUAUCCAUUGAGCGAAUAUAAAAAUGAUAUAUGAUAUUCCUGCAGAAUAAUUCUUUGGUAAUUGAUACGCUCUUCCACCUAUUAGUUCCAUAUCGAAACCAAGGGGAAAAACAACUGCAGCUAUGCUAAAGCAAACAGUAGCACUAAAUCCAAACCAGCGCGCCGUGUUUAUUACUUCGUACUUAAAGCAUGAAGCUAUUAUUAACCCUAUCGUAAGUGUUAUGAGAAUAAUUCCAAAGAUAAUUGCUAAUAAGGCAACAGCCCAGGCCUGACACAAUAAUGAAUGGAGAAAGCAUUGCUCUUCGUAAUUCAUUGUAUUUCGAAUGCAAAUGUAAAAGAAACCUAUUCUAGUUUCACCUGUAAAGAGUUUUGUUUAUUCAUUUCUCUUGGAUAGAAUAAUUAUACAUUUUAAUAAACUCUUACCUUCGCUCGAAUGCAUUUUGAUCCAAUUAGGAAUAAGUAUACUCGUGAUUGCAAAAGUAUCUGCAAGAAGAAAGACAACUCCUGAAAGAACGGCUAAAUGUUUCAUCUCACAGCCGUCAUAAUCAACUUCGCAACCAAUUUUAGGGUGCAAUAGCUUAUUUCCACAAAUUUCGUUCCUUCCUAAUUUUUUUAGAGAAUAGAUGGCGCCAUGAAUCGUUCUAUUAAGAUCAUUUUUUCGUAUAAAAUUUUUGUGACAAACAAGGUCCUUGGCGCCCUUAUAAAUACCCUUCUAUAUCGAAACUUGGAACGUGAUAUAAUAGCUUUGCCAUUUCGUUUUAUCUAUUUGUUCUCUGAUUUUCCACUAGGAAAUGGAAUAUUCCUUGGUAAACUUCCGGGAUCCCAUAGAACAAACGGAACGUAUUUAACGGAAAAGAUAAAGGUAACAAUGUCCAAACACAAUAAAUAUUCUAAAAGAAAGUAGAAAUAUGCUACUAUCCAACUUAUUAACUUUGAUUUUUCUUCCUUUCUGUAUUUAUCAUUUUCUGUAAGAAAAACAAACAUCUGUUUGGAUUAUACUCUGUAUUUAUCAGAGAGAUAUAUGUAAUCAAGCCCAUAAAGAUAAUACGUUAUAGGUGUAACUUUUACCUUUUCGAAAGCUAACAUGAUAGAACAUGCCUUUUUUUUGGAAUAAAUUUUCAGUGAAAGAAGCUCAAAGGAGGAAAUGUCUUUCUCUAUCAAAUCUAAACUUAGAUUCUCUCGAAAAGGCCGACAGCCAGGCAGAACCAAUACAAAUAAUAUUAGAUAGUCACAAUCUCGAGUUUGCUGAUGGAAAAUGGAUACCAGCCGAGAGGAAGAUAAAAUCAAAUAAGAAAGAUCUACAAGAGGAUGAAAGGAAGAAUAACUUAUUGAAAGCCCGCAAUCAAUUAUUAAAGCGAAAGGUGGAAAUGAUGAUUGAACUGCUGACCGAAAUCGAAGUUGAUCGAAGUUUAUUAGAAAGUGAAAAUGCAAAUCUGAAGAGAAGAAUUGAUAAGAAAAGAGGAAGAUGAUGAAUAACUUUUCGAAAAAUCUGUCCAAAUUAACUUUUCUAUCGAAAGCGAUUUCAAUACAUAG